UCUGGAAAUCGGCUUCGGGCAGGGCUCCCAACGUCAAGCUCUCCGUAACAAACAACAGUUCGCGCUUAGCCACCAAACCGCUCACAACACGACCGCCGCUCGUAACGUGUUCAGAAAUACAUAUAUAUAAAAAGAAACAAUUCCAAAGGCCCAGAACAACAAGAAGCCAGAAAAUGAGUCACAAAGUCGCUGCGGUGUGCCUCCUGAUGAGCUGCCUUAUUGCCUCUGCCUUCAGUGCUGCAAAGGUGCCCAUUUCCAUCUACUACGAGUCCCUGUGUCCGGACAGUGCCAAGUUCAUCACGGAGCAGGUCUACCCGGCCAUUAAGGGAGAGCUGCGCGAUGUGGUGGAGCUCACCUUCGUGCCGUUCGGAAAGUCUCAGUUCUUCACCCAGGGCUCCGAGGUGACGUUCACCUGCCACCACGGUCCAAAUGAGUGCUAUGGCAACAAGGUGCACGCCUGUGCCAUCGAGCACAUCCAGGCCAACUCCUACCAGGUGGAAUUCACCCGCGAGUCGCUCACCAUCGACUUCAUCAACUGCCUGAUGAAGGCGGGCAAGAAUUUCCCGGACAACGUCUAUCCCGGCCAGCGAUGUGCCACGGAGAACCACAUCAACAACUGGGAGAAUAUCAAGACCUGUGCCAACACCACCGAGGGCAGCGUCCUCCUCAAAAAGGCCGGCGAAGCCACCCAGCGGCUCAAGGAGCCACUGACCAGUGUGCCAACCAUUCUGUUCAAUGAGCAAUUUGACAAGAACGUUAAUGAGCGCGCCCAGGUGAACUUCGUUGGCACCAUCUGCAAAUACGUAUCCGCCCCGCAGCCCCGCAUCUGCAACCAGCACAACGGAGCCACCACUGCGUCUUUGGCCAGCGUAAGCGCGAUCCUUAGCUCCCUGCUGGGUCUUUGGUUUAUCCGCUCCUUCUACUAAGCUAAGCUGCCAACUGUCUCUGAACUUUCCACAAAAACUCUUUCAACUCAGCUCAGAACUCUGGCAAUCGGGAAUCUCAUCACUUAACGCAUUGUUUUACUCUUGAUUUUUUUGUUGGUUUCUUUUAGGCCAAUUGAAAGGCAAGCCGUCCAAUUAUCCAGCUAGAAUAUGUGUAUCAGAGAUCUAAAUGUAACAGUUCAAUAAAGUUAUAUAUAAACAUGAAACAUAUAA